AUGUGGAGAAGUAGUAGAAUUGCUAGGCAGUUCACCUCGGCCACACGAGGGUUUGCUUCCCGAAUUCAAGCCGGCCAACCUAUUUUUGAGACUAGACCCCACUUAAUAGAAAAGGGCGAUCUUACCCCUGGAAUCUCCGCCAUUGAGUACUUCGCCAGACGACAACGGAUUUUAGAGUCGUUGCCGGAUAAAAGUACAGUGAUUCUUCCUGGCAAUGUCACUCAAUUUGCAACUCAAUCAGUAUUCCACCAGUUUAUUCAAGACCCAAAUUUCUAUUAUUUGACGGGGUUUUUGGAACCUGGAGCUACUUUGGUCCUACAUAAGGAAAAUGAUCAGUCCAUGAAGUCUAUUUUUUUCGUGCCUGAAAAGAAUCCGGCCGUUGAACAAUGGGAGGGUCAUAGAACUGGUACGAAAGGUGCAGUUGAGAUUUUCAAUGCAGAUGAGGCAUACCCAGUAGAUGAUUUGGAUAGCAAGCUGACCAGUAUUUUGAAUGAUACAACUAAUGUAUAUGUGGAGACAGACUACCAUCCUCGCUACUCUCCCUUUUUCCAUACUCAGUUUGGGAACAUUUUACGAAACUCGUCUGUGAGAAAAUUAGAGAGUGCAGUUAAGUUGGUGGAAUCCAGUCGUCUGAUCAAGUCCGAGUGUGAAAUUGACGCGAUGAGGGUGGCCUCUGAAAUGUCAGCAGAAGCCUUCAACAAUGCCUAUAGCAUUAGAUUUUCUAAGGAGCACGACCUUCAUGCAUUUUUGGACUACCAAUUCCGAGCUAAUGGAUGUCAAAUGCCUGCCUAUUUGGCAGUCGUCGCCGGUGGGUCUCAUGCCCUGACUAUCCACUACACUAGGAAUGACGAUUUAUUGAAGGAUGGGGAUCUUGUAUUGGUAGAUGCCGCUGGUAAAUACGGCGGAUAUUGUUCUGAUAUUUCAAGAACUUGGCCAGUUACUGGUGAGUUUAGCCAGCCGCAGAAAGAUUUAUAUCAGGCAGUGCUAAAUACCAACAAGCAGUGUAUCGAGCUCUGUACAGUUAAAAGUGGUAUGUCGUUAGCUGAUAUCCACCGCAGUUCGGAGGAUAUUCUCUACACAGAAUUAUUGAAUGCCGGAUUUACAGGACUGACUCGGGGUCAAGUCAGAGAGCUGUAUCCGCACUAUAUCGGACACAACCUAGGCAUUGAUGUACACGAUCUCAAGACCGCAUCCAACUUUAUUCCACUUAAAUCUAACCAAGUAAUCACAAUUGAGCCUGGCGUAUACGUCCCUAUUUCUGAUAAGUUUCCCAAACAUUUUCAAGGAAUUGGCAUUCGAAUCGAAGACAAUGUGGUAGUGGGUCCAGAAUCAAACGAGGUUCUAACUGUUGAUGCACUAAAGGAAAUUGAUGAUAUUGAAGUAGCUGCGGGAAUGUAA